CUCAUUGACCGGACGACCGCAUUAGAUGGAUUUCUUCCCCAGCUCUCAUUUGUGGUGUUACCUAUUACUCUUUGAGCUCUAGUAAGUUGAUUUCUCCCCCUUCACAUCUCUCCCAAAACUUGAGUCGGUGGAUCAUUUUGAGAGCGACAGGAUGGGAUCGCAGACCGGAGCAGCUCUGCACAAACACACGCUUCUGUGGUUCAUUGUAGCGUCUCAGUGUGUGUCGGCGCUGGGAUGCGGACCCCACUACGAAUACGCAAUCGAGGAGUUCUGCCUGGCCAAAUUCAAACUGGACAUGCAAGAGCUCGAUCAGAAACACUGGUGUAGCUGGGAGGACACAGUCGAGAUCUACGGUGACCUGACAAACUGCACUUACCUGGUGGCGCUGAAGAUGGAGUGCUUCUGGCCGAACCGGCUGGUGGACGAGUUCUUCAUCAGAGUCCACAAGCAGUACUUCCGCGACUGCUCGCUCUCUGGACGGCUUCUCAGGGACCCACCCAACCGCAUCCUGGGUCCCUUCAUCGUGGUGCCCAUCCUGGUCACCCUUCUCAUGACAGCCCUGGUGGUGUGGAGGAGCAAACGCAGCGAGGGAAUCAUGUAG